AUGUUAUUAGACAAACCGAAAGUGGUGCAUAGGAAGGAUUCACAAUCAGUGAAUUCGAUUUAUGUCAAUAUGAUAAAUGUUUAUUAAUAUAACUACUAUUAUGUUACAAGUAGUCUGUUUGUAAUAUUUAAAUUGGGAAAUCUCGUAAAAUACAAUAAAAUAUGUCAAUAAAUUGCAAUGUUUACAUUAAUAUUUUCUUGUACAUCUAUACCUUCUUCUUCGUUCUAAUUGCAACUACUUCUUCGUUAUAUUGCAAUUGAAACAUUUUUAAAUAAAUUUAAAUAAUUAGUUAUACUUUUACAAAAAUUUAUCAACUAAUCGUUUUGAUUUUUACGGUAAUGAUAUAUACAUAUAUAUAAUGGAAUUUAUUAAAUUAUAUUUUGAAGUGCAACAUUACCUGUGAAAUUAAUUUUUUCGUUACCGUGGACGAGAUAUCUCAUCACACGUUGGUUGCGCAAUCUACUGACAAAUUAUUUCGUUUCGUAGUAGUGUUUCUUCCUCUCAAUAGAGGAGGCGCGUAGUACCAAUAUGCGUGGCAAUAUUUUGUCUUUUACUUAAUGUUCUCAAUUGAAAGACAUACGAAAUAACUAGUCAGAGGUAUCACAAGAACAGAAUUAUAUAGCGAAGUAACUCGUCAGAAACGUAGACAUAAUGUUAUGAAGCGAGAUACAUAUCACGUCCAUGAAGGGGUUAAUUAGGUUUUUAUUUCCAUUAUCAUUAUAUUAUAAUAAUAUAAUUUAAUUAUAUUAGAAUAAUCAUUAUUAUUAUUAUUGUUAUAUAAUAUUUUUAUUAUUAUAUGUAUAUACUACUGUAUAAUAUAUAAUAGUAUAUUAUCAUUAGUUUAGUAUUAUUAUUAUAUAUUAUCAUUAGUUUUAUUUAUAAUAUAUAAUAGUAUAUUAUCAUUAAUAUUAUUGUAUGUAGGAAUAAACAGUGACAUUGUAUAUUAUAAUAAUUAUUAUAUCCUUUAUAUUUAUUUAUUUUUAUAUCACUUUUAGGAGAACUACAUUAGCAUAUCUGAACUACUUAAAAAUGUGUAAGGUAAUUCAAAAAAUUUUUUUACUUUUCGACAUCAUUCGUGAAUCUUGUAUCAUUAAAUUAUUAACAAGUCGCCAAAAAAUUUUAAUAAAGAAUGCUUAUUAUUUAAUACUUAUAAAGAUUCCAAUUAAUACGUGCAGGAAAAUGUGA